AUGAGUAGUUGUCUGUUGGGCGUAGUAUUCAUCAUUUCAAUAUGUUUACUUAGUGGUGUGAAUGCUGAUAAAACAGCAAUCUUCAAUCUCGUAGAGUUUAUUGAACAAUUAUGGACCAAUUUAUACGAACGCUUGGGUGGUACUUGGAAAUGUUUAUUGGAAGUACUACCUGAAGAACUAGGAGGUAAAAAAAAUCCAUGUUACAAUAAAACCACUUAA